AUGGCCCUCCCUAUCGACGCUACUCUGAAAGUCCCGCCACCCGACCCGGUCAAGGAACCGUCCAAGGAGACCACCACGCCUUGUGAAGAGCCUGCCCCUUAUUACUAUGAAGGGGGUCUGCGUCGCGUGAAACCAUACCAUUUCACCUACAACACGUACUGCAAGGAGCGGUGGCGGAAUCGUGAGUUGGUGGAUAUUUUCACCUCAGAGUUUCGCGAUCGGCCGCCUGAGUAUUAUAAACAAGCCCUUAUUGACGGCAAAGUCACCGUGAAUGGAAAUACCGUCGGUCCUCACUACAUUGUCAAAAACGGCGAGAUCAUCUCGCACACGCUCCAUCGUCAUGAACCCCCCGUCACGGCCAACAAGAUCGGCAUCAUCCACGAGAACGAUGACCUUCUCGUCAUUGACAAACCCGCCGGAGUCCCAGUGCACGCCGCUGGUCGGUACUACUACAACUCUAUCAUCGAGAUCCUGCGUCACCAACACAAGGUCGGAUUUCUGCCACGGCCGUGUAAUCGCCUAGACCGGUUGACUUCCGGCGUGAUGUUCAUCGGGAAACAUCCCAAGGGAGCAGAAAUGAUGUCCGCCAAGUUGAAACAACGCACCGUGCAGAAGGAGUAUGUCGCUCGUGUCAAGGGGAAAUUCCCCGACGGGGUCGUCGUCUGCGAUCAACCCAUCAUGUCUGUUAGCCCAAAGGUCGGUCUGAAUCGUGUGCGUGCUACAGGGAAGGAGGCGAAGACGAAAUUCCGUCGUUUGGCGUAUUAUCCGCCAGUCUCGACACCCGGCCCGACGGGACAGAAAGUGGAAGAAGAGAGAGGAGAGCGUCCCGCGACACCACCGCCGACCCUAUCCAACGAGAUGGAAGGAUACAGCGUGGUGCAUUGUCUGCCGUUGACGGGACGCACGCAUCAGAUCCGCGUGCAUCUGCAGUUCCUGGGCCAUCCGAUAUCCAAUGACCCGAUCUAUUCGAACAGGCGGGUCUUCGGCCCGGAUCUUGGGAAAAUGGAGACAGGCGCGGAGCGAGACGCGGAACUCAUCGAGAAGUUGAACUCGAUGGGUAAGACUGAAGUCGCGGAUAGCGUAACCUACCGGACACAUAUCACGGCGGCGCCGUUGGUGCCACCAGGCACGGAUUCCUCCGUGGUCGAGGCGAUCAUGUCGCGAGAGCACGAGGCGGCGGUGGAGCAUUACCAUCAGAGGAAGGGGGAGCGACUUUCCGGUGAGACCUGCGAUGUCUGUGGCACGGAGCUCUACUGUGACCCCGGGGUGCAUGAGCUGGGUAUCUUCCUGCAUGCGGUGGCGUACGCGGAUAACGAGGGGGAGUGGAAAUAUCGCAGUAAGAUGCCGCAGUGGGGGAUGCCUCCGCCGGGCUUUGAUGGCCCCCGUGAAGCUCCGGAUUGGGUCUCGGUGCCUGAGGAGGAAGAGGUGGUGAUAGGACAUGGCACGAUCCCGCAGUUGGAUGGGGAUGAGACCAAUGUGCCGGCUUUGGUUCGCGGCGUGGGCUUGGUGGAUAUUUCGGAGGCAAGGCAGAGGAUGGAGCAGGGAUUGAUAUAA